ACACAAUUAGGGACCCACUUGAUACCCAAAAAAUAAGGGCAGGGUCCCACUUAAUUUAUAGUUUAAUCACGCCAUUUAACCCGGCUUUUUAUCUCUUUAUAAUCCAUACCUCUCCCUCCCAUUUUCUUUCAUCCAAACCAAACUAACUCACAAUACACUUGAAAGUUCUUCCCUCUCUUUCUCUCUUUCUUUUUAUUUUACUUCCCCAAAAAAGAGAGAAAAGUGAAGUCUUUAAUGGCAUCCUAUGUAAUGUUAUUCUUGUUGUUUUCUCUCUUAACACCUACUUUUGUUCUUUCUUCACCAACUGUUAUUCACCCUGACCCUGAACUUGUUGUACAAGAAGUACACAGGCAAAUUAAUGAGUCCAUAGCUAGGAGGAGCUUGGGUUACCUAUCUUGUGGAACAGGAAACCCCAUUGAUGAUUGCUGGAGGUGUGACCCAAACUGGCACGAAAAUCGCCAGCGUCUAGCUGACUGUGCAAUUGGAUUCGGAAAGAAUGCCAUUGGUGGCAAAAAUGGGCGCAUUUAUGUGGUAACUGAUUCCGGUGAUGAUGAUCCAGUGAACCCAAAACCCGGUACCCUUAGGUACGCUGUUGUCCAAGAUGAACCAUUAUGGAUCAUAUUUGAAAGAGACAUGGUAAUCAAAUUAAAGGAAGAGUUAAUCAUGAACUCUUUCAAGACAAUUGAUGGUAGAGGAACUAGUGUCCACAUUGCUGGUGGGCCAUGUAUCACCAUACAAUAUGUGACAAACAUCAUCAUACAUGGAAUUAACAUACAUGAUUGUAAACAAGGAGGGAAUGCUAUGGUAAGAAGCAACCCACAUCAUUAUGGAUGGAGGACUAUAUCAGAUGGUGAUGGUGUGUCCCUUUUUGGUGCUAGUCAUGUUUGGGUAGAUCAUUGCUCUUUGUCCAAUUGUGCAGAUGGGUUGAUUGAUGCUAUCAUGGGUUCUACUGCCAUUACCAUUUCUAACAAUUACAUGACUCAUCAUGAUAAAGUCAUGUUGUUGGGUCAUAGUGAUUCCUAUACUGCUGAUAAAAACAUGCAAGCUACCAUUGCUUUUAACCACUUUGGUGAAGGUCUUGUUCAGAGGAUGCCAAGAUGUAGACAUGGAUACUUCCAUGUGGUGAACAAUGACUACACCCACUGGGAAAUGUAUGCCAUAGGUGGGAGUGCUAACCCUACUAUCAACAGCCAAAGCAACAGAUUUUUGGCCCCUGAUAGAAGAUUCAGCAAAGAGGUGACAAAACAUGAGGAUGCUCCGGAAAGUGAAUGGAAAAAUUGGAAUUGGAGAUCAGAAGGAGACCUAAUGCUAAAUGGUGCAUUUUUUACGGCGUCAGGCGCAGGUGCUUCAGCUAGCUAUGCAAGGGCAUCAAGUUUGGGUGCUAGACCAUCAACCCUUGUUGGCUCAAUUACUGCUGCUGCUGGUUCACUUAACUGUAGGAAAGGUUCUCGUUGCUGAUCUCUAAUAAACAACUUAAGCAGGACCAUUAAUUAAGUUUAUUCAUAGGAUUUUCUAAAUUAAGACAGUCAGAUAAUUAAUUAUAAGUCACUACUCAAGUGUAAUGGAAGAAUUAAUUAUUCUGUAUUUUCUUCCUUUUUUUUUGACUUUUUUUUUUUUUUUUUUGCUUUUGUUGGCUUAUUUUGACUGCAUUUUUCUCAGUUUGUUUUUCCUUUUUUUUUUUUUCUUGGAUUGAUCCCUGAAAUUACAACCUCGGCCUGUGACUCUAAACCAAUCAUUUAAAUUGGAAGGUUAGAGUUAACAAGUGUAGAUGUGUUGAUGAUAUAAAUUUUAAUAAAAUAUACUUCAUUUUUA